AGAGGCAGGAGUAUAAGUUCCCCACUUCCCACUGCCGGCGUCAUUUUCUAGACCAGCCAGCAGUGAGUCUCCACAUCUCAUUUUUCACUUCAUCCUCUGCCGUGUCUAAACUUAUCCAACAUGACCACAAGAUCUAGUCGGAUGUCUUUCACCCGCUCUACCCCAGUGUACCGUGCUGCCAGUAUUUAUGCUGGUGCUGGUGGACAGGAUGUUCGCAUCUCCUCUGCUUCUGCAUCUUCCCUGCGUUCUGGUAUUCCACUUAGACCUUCAACCUCCUUUAAGCUGAGCAGUGGAUUGAGUGGAGGCAUGGGCGCCGGUUACGGUGGUGCCAGCGCGUCCGUGACAGCCAGCGGUGGCUCCGGUGCUUCGAUCCUGGGCAAUGAGAAGGGAGCCAUGCAGAACCUGAACGAUCGCCUGGCCAAUUACCUGGAGACGGUGAGGACCCUGGAAAAGGCCAACAAGGAACUGGAGCUGAAGAUCAUGGAGGCCCUGGAGAAAGGAGGCCCUGACAUUAGAGACUACAGCAAGUAUGAGCCCAUCAUAGACGACUUACGCAGACAGAUCUUCGAUAAAAUAAUGGAUAACGCCCGUUUAGUGCUUCAGAUUGACAACGCCCGCCUCGCUGCCGACGACUUCAAAGUCAAAUCUGAGAAUGAGAUGGCGAUCCGCCUGUCCGUGGAGGCCGACAUUGGCGGGCUGAAGAAAGUCCUCGACGAAACGAACAUGAGCAGGCUCAACAUCGAGAACGAGAUUGAAGCCGUGAAGGAGGAGCUUCUAUUCCUAAAGAAGAACCAUGAGAACGAAGUAAUGGAGCUGAGGAGUCAGAUCUCACAGUCAGGUGUGCAGGUGGAUGUAGACGCUCCCAAAGGUCAGGACCUGUCCCAGAUCAUGGAGGACAUGAGAGCCAACUACGAGAAGAUUGCAUUGAAAAACGCAGAAGAUCUCAAACGGUGGCAUGAAAAUCAGAUUGCAGAUGUGCAGGUGCAGGUAUCACAGAACACAGAAGCUCUCCAGGGGGCCCAAAUGGAGAAGAGCGACUUAUCACGACAGAUACAGACUCUGGAAAUUGAACUUGCAUCUCAACAGAGCUUAAAAGCCUCUUUAGAAGACACCCUGCACAACACAGAGCUACGUAACAACAUGGAAAUGGAGAAGUAUAACACCCUCAUUAUCCGGCUGGAGGAGGAGCUGGCUAGCUUACGCGCGAACAUACAGCAGCAGACCCAAGAGUACGAGGCGCUGCUCAACAUGAAGAUGAAACUUGAGGGCGAGAUCAGCACUUACAAGACUCUGCUGGAUGGUGGAGACUUCAAGCUCCAGGAUGCACUGGACGAGCUGGAGGCCUCCGACUAAUUUGGAACAAAGGAUUGGGAGUCAUCGCAACAAUGGAAGCAAUCUGCCCACACCCAUUAAUUAUGAGUGGGGUGGGUGGAGGAGUUUUGACAUUUUUUGCACUAUAACCACAUGUCAAGUGAACCCUGAUUUAAGCAGUUUUUAAUAAAGGCAUUAUUCCACCACAGCGAAACAUGGAUCGCUGCCUGAUCUGACCGCAAAAUAAAAACAAAUAAAACCACUUCUUAAACCUGAA